AUUCUUAUUGGCUCACUGGGAACCAGCGGCGCAGAUAGAGAACUACGCGGACACAACUGAGAGAGAGAGUGAAGAAUGGUGAGGAUAACUCCAAUGGCGUCCUCCUCUCUUCGUCCUUCUUUGUCGGCGUUUAGGUCCGCCGGAUUUUCUCGCUCUGGCCUCUCUCUCUCUUCCUUCAACACUUCUCGCAGGAUCGCUUUGUUGCACCUCGGCAGUGCUGUUCCACAGUUUCAAAACUUUGGUCUGAAAGCUUCUGAACUGUUAAGGGGAGAAGGCAUCAAUAUCGAGAUGACUGCAGCUGGAAAUGCAGCCCAAGCAAGCACUAGUGCUUCGUCUGAAAAUAUCUUAGACUGGGUGAAACAGGACAAGAGAAGAUUGCUUCAUGUUGUCUAUCGUGUUGGAGACUUGGACAAGACCAUAAAAUUCUAUACAGAGUGUCUCGGAAUGAAGCUGCUGCGAAAACGUGACAUACCAGAGGAGAAAUACACAAAUGCCUUUCUUGGGUUUGGUCCGGAGGAUUCACACUUCGUGAUCGAACUCACUUAUAAUUAUGGAGUUGACAAGUAUGAUAUUGGCACUGGGUUUGGCCAUUUUGGUAUUGCGGUUGAAGAUGUUUACAAAACCGUAGAACUCAUAAAAGCUAAGGGCGGGAAAGUGACCCGAGAAGCUGGCCCUGUGAAAGGGGGCAGUACCGUUAUUGCUUUUAUUGAAGAUCCGGAUGGUUAUAAGUUUGAACUUAUAGAAAGGGGACCUACUCCUGAGCCUUUAUGUCAAGUAAUGCUUCGUGUGGGUGAUCUUGAUCGCUCAAUCGAGUUCUACAAGAAGGCUUAUGGAAUGGAGCUUCUACGUACACGAGAUAAUCCAGAUUACAAGUAUACUAUAGCAAUGAUGGGUUAUGGUCCAGAAGACAAAAAUGCUGUUAUGGAGUUGACAUAUAAUUAUGGUAUCACUGAUUACGAAAAAGGGAAUGCUUAUGCUCAGAUUGCUAUAGGUACAGAUGAUGUUUAUAGAACUGCAGAAGCAGUGAAACUUAGUGGGGGAAAGAUCACCCGAGAACCCGGACCGUUGCCUGGUAUUAACACCAAGAUUACAGCUUGCUUGGAUCCUGAUGGCUGGAAGACGGUUUUUGUAGACAACAUUGAUUUUCUCAAGGAGCUGGAAUGACCAAUGAGACACUCUACUACCAAGCUCGCCCUCGGCGCAUCCCAACAUGAAAGCCAUUUUGACAUCAAAUUUGUUGGCCCCCUUUUUCUCUUAUUUUAUAUUUUAUCAUUACUUGAGGAGCUUCUGGAAUUUACGUAGAAAGACCUUUCUGCCCCUGAGCAAUAAUGCACUCAAGGAUUUGUAAUCAUAUUACCCUCAUAGAAGAUCUGAUCUGUUUUUCCA